CAACGGUGACCCUGGUGGUGGCACAAAGAGUCCUGCAACCAGCCUCAUAAGUUCUCUCAGCACGUCGAUCCACAACAGCCGGAGAGUGGAAAUUGAUUGUCAAUCGAUUGGUGUCCUCAUCGACUUUCUUUCCCUAAAAGUUCCAGCGUUUGCAAGAAACUCAUCUCAGUCCAUGCUCCCAUCUGCAGAGGAGUGGUUUGGCUUCAGUGCUGUGAAAGGCAUUUAUAGAUUAAUCUGACAGUUGAUGCACAGUAAUAUACCCGCAGAGAAAAAAUAGAGUGCUGCAUGUCCACACAUCAAACCAGAAGUUCUAUUCCCGUCAUAAAUGUCACCCAGUUUUUAACGUCUCAGCACUUUUGUGUGAAAUAUGAUUGUAUGUUUUUUCCUGGCAUUUCCUCCCUCUGUCCAGAUUUCUUACCGCUCAUCCAGCAGUAGCAACAGAAAAUGGGGCCAGAUCCACCAGUGGAUGGCUGACACAGAAAAAGCCCGAGCCUCUAGUAGUAGUAGAUCCAGCAGCCGUCACCCCCGGGGGCUGGAUGAUGACGUCAUGUCAGUCCGCAGCUACAGGUCAACCUCUUCUUCAGUCCGUGACCUGGGAUCGAGCAAGAGUCGCUCCAGUUCCCGUAGAAAAGAUGGCUUGUCUGAUGGCCUUUCCACUAGCUCAGCACUCAAGACUUCCCGCUCCACUAGUUCAGUGUACAAUGACCUGCACGGUCAUAGAAAGUCUUCAUCUAAGAAGGAUCUGCUGACUGGACUGUACCAUGAUCAAAGGAACUACACCAGCCUAACGAAGACCAAACCGUCAGCCCUGUCCUCCACUUCCAGCUAUCAGCCGCGGGUUUGUCGUCCUGCCACUGCUGGACACAGUGAAACUAGAGGCGGCUCUGGCCUCAUAUUCCCAUCUCCACAGCAUAAUUCACCUGAUAUAUUUAUCUGUCUAAUGUUAUUAGCAAUAAUAUUCAUUUAUAUUAACACAGAGAAACAUUGAAGUUUCAUCUGAUUUUGUUGUGCUUUUCAGAGCAAAUCCUUUGCUGAAGUCCCAAAAAAUGCAAAUCUUUAAGUAGUUUAAAUUAAACAAAGUCAAAUGUUAGAAGAUGACGAAAUGUUGAUCCUGUCCUCACAAACUUUAGUUACUUUCCACCAGAUUCCCCCUCCAGCACCCCUCUGCCCUCUAAACUGACACUUUCCUGCUCCACACUUCUCCACCAGGCCACCACUUCCUUAUCCUCCACCUCCGGCACGGGGCUGUCUCGCAGCUACAGCACGGUCAGUUUGUGUCCACUGACGAGCCGGCUCCUGUCUGCAUGUGCUACCCUCAGAAGUAAACCUUCGCCUCCUCUCUUGUGACCACAUACAUGUGAUAGGAUGCCCAGGGUGACAGGGUCUGUUUAUAUUUAGCUCCUGGACUCUUACAGCAAUUGGCUGCGGGGCAAAGGCUUUUACCUCAGUGGGAUAAGGCAGGUCUUUGUGUGAAAACCAGCAUUUUGUUGCAGACGACUGGGGAAAGAAAAAAAAAAUUCAACCUUUCCAAUGUUGAAAAUCAUGUUCAUGUUGUUCACUGCGUGGGCCACAGAAAAGUCAUUGUGCUUUAAGUUAUUCUGCUGGUGCAUCAAACAUUUAUGCUCCCGCUCUGGUUUUGCUGAGUCCUGCAUUGUCUCCCACGUGUGCCCUCAGGCCUCUGUUUAUGACGACACUGGUCUUUACGGCUCCGGCCAGAGUUCCAGAGCUGUAAGUCUCCUGAAUGCCCGCCACAGUUCUCCCCUCUUUAAAUUAAACCACCUCCCCACAACAGCUAACCGCUGUACCACUGUCCGGAUGUUAAUCCUCUGUCUUGUCCUCCUCCUCCUCCUCCUCCUCCUCCUCCUCCUCCUCCUCCUCCUCCUGCCAUCCACAGCCUUCUGAAUACAGCUGGUACUCCUCUGGAGCCAGCUCCACCCGCAGCAGCCCUGCGGUGAGCGCCUUAACACUCACUCCCCACCUUGCGUGACCUUGCACGACUUCCCUAACACGCCCCCUUCACGUCCCUUCUGACCAUCAGACCUCCCUUUUGCCAGGGGCAAUGUUGAUCAAUCAUACCAGACCAGCUACAGCUCGUUUCAGGAGCUGUUUUAUAGACAUCGUGUGGGAAUGAAGUACCAGUCUGCGCCGACUAAGAUGUUGUAGCAGAGUUGUCGUGCUUGACUUGCUCCAAUUGAUGCAUUUGACAGCGUUAUCCUAAUUGCAUGACAUGGCUUUGCUGAUAGGGUUUUAGUCUUUAAUGUAAUCCAAUAAUCUGUUUAAUACAAGGACUAGGAUGUCUACGGUUCGCCGUUUGAAUAAGGAGAAGCGUGUGUGAGUAGAGAAAAGCCUCGGGCAUGCAGCCAUCCAACAUUACUUUGGCUCCUCAUCAUGUGUGCAUCCUCCUUUCAGUCUUCCUCAGAUGACGACACUGUCAGCAGUGUGUCCCAGGAGCGCUUCAACCGAGGCCGCAGGGACAGUGCGGUGAGCUGUAGUAAAUCCAGACUAGUUGGUUCCUCCACAGUCGUUUGUCGCUGUGGUUGAUGAGGCGUUAAUCUAAACUUUCUCAUCUGCCUCUGCUAAUGUAUUGAGGUGAAAGUGUCACUUCAGUGCACGGCAUUUAUUUUUGUUUUUCUUUUCUCCUCUUUUCCUUGUCUUUCUCUGCACUUCUUCCUGUGCGUGCGUAUGUGGUCCGCAGUCCUCUGACUUCUCGGACAUUAGCGAGUCAGCUGCUGAUUAUUUCAGCCGCUCCAAUCGAAGGGGCAGCAUUGUGUCUGACCUCGAUGAGUUGAGCAUUCCAGAUCUGGAUGCUG